AUGCUGGAGAUUAUGAAAUGUGUGCCACAUGAACUACUGAGUGCAAGAGGAAACCACGGCGUGCAGACGUUCAUGAGGCUGCGGGUUCGAGAGGGCUGAAACAGAGCAUUUCCGAUCGCCCGCUCUCACUGUAUCCUUCAAGCCGGUGCCACCGAACACAGAUAUGGAGCUUCUGAAAGUGGUGCUGUUUCUCCAGGCGCUGGGCCUCUGCGAAGCUUCUCAGAAUACCUCCAGCCCACACCAGCACAACGUUUCGCUGCCGGAGGAGGUCACCGCGCAAACUGAGAAUCAAACUGUGUCCUACACGCCACAGUUGUCUGGCAGGUGUGGAGGGACCUUGGGUGCCUUUCAUGGCAACCGGUGGGUCGGCGUACUGCUGCCCCUGGAGUCCAGAGAUAGUGUGGCCGGGCACAUCUGCAAGGACCUGGGCUGCGGAACAGCAUACAAUGUGAGCGAAAGGAAAUCACCCCACCGCACAUCCUGCCUGACGCGCUGCACGCAUAACCAAACUCACCUGGAGAACUGCACUGAGGAGGACCCGGGGAGCUGCACGGGCGUCACAGAAAUUUUCUGCGGGCACCGGGCCGUUCGGUUAGCGGAGGGCGAGGAUCGCUGUGCCGGCCGAGUGGAGCUGUGGGCUGCUGGGCAGUGGGGCACGGUGUGUGACGACGAGUGGGAUCUGCAGGACGCCAACGUGGUGUGCGCCCAGCUCGGCUGCGGCUACGCCCUCAAUGUGAGCGGCCAGGGUGGGGUCUACAAACCGGGCAAAGGGCCUAUCUUUUUGGAUGACAUCAACUGUACGGGCUCCGAGAGCAGCCUGUGGGACUGCCCCAGUAUGGGCCAAAGCCACGACUGUGGACACAAGGAGGACGCCGGAGUGGUGUGUUCAGAGCUGAGAGCCUUGCAGUUGACCGGUGGCAUGGACCGCUGCUCUGGCAGGGUGGAGAUCCACCGGAACGGCACGUGGGGCACCUUGUGUGACAGUGGCUGGAACAAACACAUGGCGGAGAGGGUGUGCUCCAUGCUGGAUUGCGGAAGCGUGGUGAACUACACGGCCUUCACGCCCCCUUUGCAGCACAACUCCGCCAAGUGGUACUUCUACUGUCAGCAAAAUGGGAAGAGCCUGUGGGAGUGCACGGAGUUCUUCGACUCAUUCAACCUGUGCAAGGACUCCAAAGCAGCUGGGGUCAUCUGUAGCAACUCAUUCGGUCUCCUUCCACCGACUACGCCGCCUCCGCCAUCCACCAUCCCCAUCUCAACCACAGGCUCUGGGAUUGCGACAUCCCAGCCAAGAGAAGCAUAUUUUCUUUUGUCUCCACCCUUGUUGGGAUGCUUCGCGCUGUCAGUCCUCCUGUUGGUGGUGCUCAUCUUAAACGCAGUGCUCUGUAGAUGGUAUAAGAAAAGAUAUGCAUUCGUGGUUCAGCAGAGAAAUGAGAAACCCCAGACAUCCUCAAAUCCCCACGAGAAUGACUAUGGAGAGUCUGUGAACCUCACCAUAGUCACCAGCGGCCCCGGAGAAUACAACGCUGUACCCAUUUCUAGCGCCCUGCGCGCACAAACCAGCAUGGACAACUCCUCAUAUGCAUCAGAUUAUGAACAUCAUAACUUCAGUGUGGAACCCGCUGUCACCAUGUCUACUUUCCAGAAUUCCUUUCGCAACAAGACGGAGAACUGGAACCCGGUGUCCAAAGCCAUCCCAGCACUAACAUUUCUUCCUGAAGAAGCGCCGAAAGGCCAGUACAGCACGCCGCCGGACUACAGAGCGCUCAAAAACACAGAGCCGAGCGAGGACUCCUUUGACACCUCAAGCACUUCGUCUGAGGAAUGCUAUGCGAACACAGGUGGCGCGAACCCUUCACUACCAGGGGAGAACGCUCUUCUAGUGAACACCACCAGCCAGAGAGGAGAGAACUGCACAGACUUCACAGAGCAAACAGAAUCCAGUCCAGGAUGCAUCGAGAACACAGCCAAUGACUUCAGCCAACGGAAAAGUGCCGCGGUUUCCCUGGAGGGCGAUUACGACGAUAUCGGAAACUACCGGCAGUGAAGGGCAACCGGCCUGCGGUUCGAAUCGAGCAGACGCAACAGCGGAACUUGCUAUCUGUCACGAGGCCUUUCCGUCUGUAAUACCUGUUCAGCGUCCUGAAUGUAUUUAUGAAAAAAUGAGAGCAGAAUUGUUUUCAUGGACAGUUCCCUAAAUUCAGUAAGUUAAUUCUCAGUUAAGAUUGGUAAUAGUUAAUAGAAAUGCAUAAAGUAUUCAUUUAAAAAGCACAACUUCCAAGCUAGGGACUUUCAGACAGUAAAGGCCAGUAAAGUUAAGGGAUUUGUAGGGAGCCCGUAGGUCACCCAGUAACAAGCGCUGCACGAUGCAUCUGAUACCCAUUUAUACAACAGGGGUUUCUUACUGGAGUAAUUGUGGGUUAGGACCUUAUUGUGGGUGGAAAAGCAAGAGAGGGAUUUGAACCCAGGAUCUUCAGACUGGAAGAUAAUAACCAUAACGGACAGAGGUGUGUAACACACAGCAGAAGGCUGGGCAAGGGGCCAAAGAAAGCUAGGUGGGAUACAGAACAGGGAGAAAUAUCUAGGAAAUAUUCUUUUUUUUUUACAUUUUUACUAUUGUCUAGAGCAAUUUGAAGAAAGAGUCUUCAAAAAAGCAACGCUAAGUCAGGUGUGAAUCCGCUUCGGUGUAUUUGCUCCUAUCUGAGAAGUUACAGGUGUAACAUUGACCUUUUUUAUCUGCAGAAAUCCUUGUAAGACUCACUUUUGCGUGGAUACCGUACGACGGUGCGGAAAAAAAGAUAUCGCAAGUUAUAUAACCCAAUGUAUGUGUUUAAGUAAUAAAUUAGUUUUUUUCAAUAAAAUAUCUUUCUUUAAAA